UAACAGCAACAAUAACAUUCUGCAGUUUUUCCCCGUCAUCCUCCAUCUCUUCUACAAUUUAACUGAAUCCUUUUCUAUCAGCCUCUCUCCUCUCCCCUUUCUCCCUUCCCCCUCUCUCUCUCUCACUUUCCCUCUCUCUUUCAUCUCUCUCUCUCCUUUCUUAUUUCAAGAUAGUGACAGUGGAAGUGGUGUCAGCAACAAUACUCUGCAAUUUACCCACUCCUUCACAUCUUCUGCUAUCUAACUAUCUAAACCUCCUCUCUCUAUGUCUCCUCGUUUUCUGUCCUCCCUUUCUUUCUCUGUUUUCCCUCUCUUUCUAUUCCAAGAUAGAGUGGAGGCAUUCUCAGCAUCAGCAGCAGCAGCAACAACAGUCUACAUUACUUUCUCCUCCUUGUUGUUCUUUCUCUCCCUCUCUCCGUCUCUCUCUCUCUUACUCCCUUCAUUCACUAGUCAGAGUGACAGUGGAAGCGGUGAACAGCAGCAGCAGCACCGCGUGUUUGAAAAUCAUUGUUUUUACGGAGACAACAAACGUACGAUGAAGCGAUGAAAUGAUUCCUUUCGUCGCCUCUCUCUCCUCUUAUGGAGCGCACAUGCCUCCAACAUGACGUAUUUUGUACAAUGGCUCUCAUUCUGGAUACCUCACAACAUAGGAUCUUCCUCUCCAGUGCCAUCUCUACUGUGUUAGGUCAUGUUGCACAACUUUUGGCUGGGGAGACGUUCUGGUAACGUGCUCUUUAUUCUUCUCAUGUUGACGCUGACCUGCAAUAUAAUCUUCUAUUCUCAACGCUACCUCAAUAAGUCUGCUGCCUCGGAGAAUAACUGUGAUUUGAACACAUAUCUGAAAGUGUCUAUGAAAUUUAUCGAGUCUAAAGGUUCCAAGUCUUUCAAGGAAAUUCUUCAUAGCUAUUGUCCUGGUGUCGAUGAAAAUGACAAAGAUGUCCAGCGCCUGAUUUGGGCUCUUUUUGAUCUUGUGAAUUUCUGUAACAAAAAUGUUAGCAUUACAGCUCGUCCUGAGACCAACAAACCCAUUCUAACAAUGUUUACAUCAUGGGAUGUGAAUGAAACCAAAUAUAUUGUCCAUAACAACACAGUAUCAAAUUGGAUAAAGCUAAAGAAGUAUGUAAACCCCAUCAUUUUCACAAACAGCAGCCAGUACAAAAAACUUUGUAGUGAUGCUGGCUGGACUGUUUACCCCAUUACUCAUUAUGCUGCUGGUGGAGCUCCUGUCUUGAAAACAAUGUUUUUGAAAGCCAUGGAGAACUUUAACACUACAUUUUAUGCUUUUGCAAACGGUGAUAUUCUCUUUGAAGAUGGUCUUAUCGAUACUCUGUUCUUGCUUAUGGAAGAAAUGAGCAUUGACAACAUGUCUCAUCCUUUACUUCUUAUUGGCCGGAGGACUAAUGUAAAAUAUUUGUCCAAAAAGGAUGCAGCCACCUAUAAAAGUCUGAAGGGAGUGGCACGAGAAAAAGGACACCUAUUCUUAGUAAACGCUGAAGAUUAUUUUAUUACAAACCGCAACUAUCCCUGGAAGGAUAUUCCUAACCUCGUGAUAGGACGUCCAGCUUAUGACAACUGGCUUGUAGCACAUGCUCGUCGUUCUAAUUUUACUGUUAUUGAUGCUUCGGAUACAAUUCUUGCUGUACAUCAAACUACAAACGCUGGCAACUGGGAAGGCCACAAAAGAAAAUUCAGUAAUUAUAAUGAUAUUCUAUUAAAAAAACUCAAGCUGCCUCGGCGUUAUCGUAACGGCGAGACAGGGUGUACACCACUACGGACAGCAUAUGACUUAUGUAGUAGAAUAGUCAUUCAAGAACGGAAAGUAUUCCCCCCACAGUGUCAUAUAAAACCAGGAUGAAUACGUUUUUUGCAUUACCUAGGCGAUAAGAGAACUGAACACUUGUUUCUAUCACACUCAGUUUUUCAUUGUUGACAGUCUCUCUCUCUUUUUUUUUUUUUUUCUUCUCUCAGUUUUUAAUGCAUGCAUUAGAUUUCUCUAAAUUUCAUUCUCUCUAUCACAUUCCUCCCCACCCCCCACCAUGCGCUCCUUCAAAGUACAAAUUCUUUCUCAAAUAUUUCUCCUGCUUUCACUCUCUCCUUUAGCUUGCCUCUUUCUUGUGCACAAUUUUCCUC